UCCUACUGUACAGUCUUUUGAAGGGAGGAGAAGCUAGCAGAUGAAAGAGAGGGGGGAGGAAAGAGAGGGAAUCCGAAUUGAAUAAGGAGAAAGGAAGAAGAGCGACUGCCACCCCCUCACUCAUUCUCCCAUUAUCCACUUGCUCCCUCCUCCAUCAGGCCAACUCUCCUCAAAUCGCACCCUUCCUCCUCUUCUUCACCCCCCCCACCUUCCCCCAUUUACCCACUCCUUCACUCACUCCUUCAAACUUCUUUCUGAAGCUGUUAGACCGAGCUCUACUACCGUACCCAUCCUCGGGAGAGAAUAGGAUAGGAGCGAAGGGAUAACACCGCCAUCUGCUCACCAUACCGCCAUCACGGCUUCCACCAAAGGUAACGAUAGCGGCUACGCACCACACUCUUUUGAUUUCAACGAACUACUCACAUCACUUCCACCCCUCGCGAUGUCGGCCCCGGCUCCCUGGUACGCCCCUAUCCCCAUUCCGCAAUUCAACACUCCCAUCGCACGCUACGACUUCAGCAGCAAGGAGCUGGAGCAACUCUUGUACGCAUCAGUCGUGCAUGAGCGAUCGUUUGCGAGCAGCCCAGAACAGCGAGACACCUUUGAGGCGUUGACGUGGGUUGGAGGUUCAGUCCUACGAGGGCUAACCACGGUCCUGCUGGCAUCCAUGUUCCCGACAAGUAAGAAGAAUGUGUUGAAUGACAUCCGACAAGCCCUCGAAGACAAGACCUUCUACGCCCACCUGAGCCGCCGCCUCGGCCUGCAUAACCACAUCUCGCUAACCUACCCGGCCGGCGAAUCAGACCACAUCCUAUCCGGCCUCUUCACAGCAUACGUCGGUGCGAUCCAACGUGAACUAGGAGUCGACGGCUUCCCCACGAUAAGCGGAACCUUCUGCCAGCUCUUGAGACCCUACGCAGAGGCAUACAAAUCCCACCAUGACAAAUACAUAGCCGCGAACCCGCACCUCCCGCCAACACCCAUCAUCUCCCCCGUCUCAACCGCCCCCUCCUCCUCCCUGGCAGCACAACAGCAGCAAAAAGUGUACCCAAUCCUCCAAACCGCCGCCACUACCGACUCAGGCGCAGCGAAACUACGCAGACAACACGUCUCGGUCUACACCUCGCGACUGAUGGAGUACGCGGCAAAGUGCAAGCUCCCGCAGCCCAGCUUCAAUUUCACAGAUAACGGCUGCCAGGGUGCCGCUAUUCAGUGGUGCGCGACGAUAAAUAUGAAUGGCGCAGAUAUCGCCAGUGCCGUUGCGAGCACGAAGCUUGAAGCGAAACAUCUGGCGAGUAAGGAUGCCUUGCAGAUUAUUAUUGGCUCGAAUGUGCCUUGGCCGGUUACUGUUAGCGGGCGGAGGCAGAAGAAGCUGAUUGCGAGGAGGUCAGGGGGCAUGCUGUGUUAGGCGGUUAAUUGCUGGUUUUGUGCUUUCCCCCGGUUGCUCUUGGUUUGUUUUGGUUUGUACCAAAGAUUGCUUUCGGCGUUGCAAGUGUUAGUGUAGUGGGCUAGCUAGCUAGCUAGCCCGACCGACUCGACGGGUAACGACACGAAGGAUAUCUCAACACCUAUUCUACGCCCACUCCUUUCUCCUUUCUUAUUUAUUCUUAUUUAUUGCUUCUUGCAAGAGUUGUCUCACCGCAGCUUAGCUAUAUCAGUACUUUCAUUGUCGCGUCGUUGGCUCUUUUGGCUUAAACUUGACUUACAUGUAAAUACUCCCCAUGUCUAACUUACCGGCACCAUUACUUUUUGAUUUGCCAAUUGUCUAGUGUUGUUCUUCUUUUAAUACGUUCCUUUUUUGAGCACUUAGGAUCGGGUUUUGGGAUGUCCUGCGAUCGACUCAUGGUCAUAUUGUAUCGUGCUUGAUAAGUAGGGUCGCCAGUUGGUUUUUACGAGGCUCUUUCCGCUGGGUAUCAUACCGUGUAUGGCGGUUGGGAGGGGGUUGGAGUUGCUUGUUUGCAUAUUUGUUUAUUUCCUCUGUACGGAAAUUGCACACUUCCUAAGUAUGUCUACGUGUCGUGUCGUGUGAGUUCGCGGGUUAUGAUGUUAUCGCCGCGGCAUCGUGGUUUU